UGUUGUGGGGAAGUCAGAUCGUGACAGGCAGGCUAGCAGCAGCGGACUGUAAACAUGGCGGCGUGCACUGCUACAGGGCUGUGCCGAACAUCCCGUUACUAUUAGUCUGAAAUACGGAGACACCCCAUCAUGGAGACCGAAGAGGAGCAGCACAUAACGACGCUCCUCUGCAUGGGUUUCCCGGAUCCCGACGUGAUAAGAAAAGCGCUCCGUCUUGCAAAGAACGACAUCAACGAGGCAGUGGCGCUUCUGACAAACGAAAGCCCCGGACUCGGGUAUGGAUAUGAGCCGAUGGAGAGUGGGCCUGCCCCUAGCUUGGGCUCGAGUGGAGACGGGGAAAAUAGUGGGCGCACUGGGACUGGAGGAUUUGAUCCCCCACCUGCAUACCACGAUGUAGUGGACAGCGAGAGAAACAAUGAUGAGAAUGGAAACUGUUCUGGAGGCAGCAUGGAGUUCCCCACCACCAACCUGUAUGAGCUGGAGAGCAGAGUUUUUACUGAUCACUGGUCAAUACCUUACAAGAGAGAAGAAUCCCUGGGGAAAUGUCUCAUUGCGUCCACCUGUCUUGCGCGGCAUGGUCUUGCUGAUGCUGAUGAGAACUGCAAACGAUUCAUCGAUCGGUGCAUGCCAGAGGCCUUUAAAAAGUUGCUGACCAGCAGUGCAGUGCACAAAUGGGGCACUGAGAUUCAUGAGGGAAUCUACAACAUGUUGAUGUUGCUGGUAGAACUUGUUGCGGAGAGAGUCAAGCAGGAUCCUGUACCUGUAAAUUUGAUGGCAGUCCUGACCAUGGCCUUCAACCCUGACAACGAAUACCAUUUCAAGAAUCGAAUGAAGGCCUGUCAGAGGAACUGGGCUGAAGUAUUUGGAGAAGAGGCCAACAUGUUUGCCGUCUCUCCUAGCAACACCUAUCAGAAAGAGCCUCAUGGUUGGCUGGUUGACUUGGUGAAUCGAUUUGGAGAGUUGGGAGGAUUCACUGCCAUUCAGGCAAAGCUCAACACAGAGGAAAUUGAGAUUGCGUGUGUAUCAGCACUGGUUCAACCUCUUGGAGUUUGUGCAGAAUACCUCAACUCCAGCCUUGUCCAGCCAAUGCUUGAUCCAGUUAUCCAUAAGAUGAUCACCUAUGUGCAGAACCUGGAAGAAAAAGACCUGAAAGAUAAGCGUCUUGUAAGCAUCCCAGACCUUCUGUCAGCCAUCAAACUAUUAUGUAUGAGGUUCCAAAGAGAGUUGGUUACUGUAGUGGAUGACCUACGACUGGACACACUACUGCGCAUGCUCAAAACUCCCCACUUCUCCACCAAGAUGAACUCCCUAAAAGAGGUAACAAAACUUAUAGAGGAGAGUACUGUGUCUAAGACAGUGAAAAAUGCCAUUGACACAGAUAAACUCCUGGACUGGCUAGUUGAGAACUCAGUCCUGUCAAUAGCACUGGAAGGUAACAUCGACCAGGCUCAGUACUGUGAGAGAAUUAAGGGAAUCAUUGAGCUGCUUGGAAGUAAACUCUCACUGGAUGAACUCUCCAAGAUCUGGAGAAUACAGGCAGGCCAGUCGUCAACUGUGAUUGAAAACAUUCACACUAUCAUCGCUGCUGCUGCUGUAAAGUUCAGUUUUGAUCAGCUCACCCACCUCUUUGUGCUUAUACAGAAGAGCUGGGAGAUUGAGAGUGACAGGGUGAGACAGAAGCUGCUUAGUUUGAUUGGUAGGAUUGGCAGAGAGGCUCGCUCUGAAACUACAACAGGAAAGGUGCUAGAGGUGCUCUGGGAGUUGGCACAUCUUCCCACCUUGCCUACCAGUCUAGUUCAACAGGCAUUAGAGGAGCACUUGGGGAUCUUGAGCGAUGCUUAUGCUGUCAAGGAGACAGUGAAACGCAGUUACAUCAUUAAAUGUAUUGAGGACAUAAAGAAGACACACUCUAAGGAGGACGGUAAAGGCAGCGAGACUCAAAGUUCAUUUCUUACUGGCACUUGGGGCAAGAAGAAGCCUAACUUUUUUGUCAAAGCUUCUCAGCAGAGCAGUCCUCAGGCAGUCUGGGUUGUCCCUGCUCUCCGACAGCUGCAUGAGAUCACUCGGUCCUUCAUCAAGCAAACAUAUCAGAAACAAGACAAGAGCAUCAUCCAAGACCUGAAGAAGAACUUUGAGAUUGUUAAGUUGAUCACAGGGUCCCUUGUGUGUUGCCAUCGAUUGGCUGUGACUGCUGCAGGAAAUAACGGCCUCUCAAGCUCGACGAUGGUUGAUGGACGAUACACCUACCAGGAGUAUCUGGACAGCCACCUGCGCUUCCUGGCAUUCUUCCUCCAGGAGGCCAGCCUCUACCUGGUCUGGAACAGGGCCAAGGAGCUCUGGGAAUGCCUGGUGUCUGGGCCAGAUGUCUGUGAGCUUGACCGAGAGAUGUGUUUUGAAUGGUUCACCAAAGGACAGCAUGACCUGGAGAGUGACGUCCAGCAACAGCUCUUCAAAGAGAAGAUCCUAAAACUGGAGCCCUAUGAGAUCACUAUGAAUGGAUUCAAUCUUUUUAAGACAUUCUUUGAGAAUGUCAAUCUGUGUGACCACCGCCUGAAACGCCAGGGAACUCAGUUGUGUGUGGAACGCCUUGACCUGGCAGGUAUGGAUUUUAUCUGGCGUAUCGCCAUGGAAACUCCAGAUGAAGAAAUAGCCAAUGAAGCAAUCCAACUCAUUAUCACAUAUAGCUACACCAACCUCAAUCCAAAAAUGAAAAAGGAUUCAGUGUCUUUGCACAAGAAGUUCAUUGCUGAUUGUUACAAGAGACUAGAAGCUGCCAGUUCGGCCCUGGGUGGGCCUACUUUAACUCAUGCUGUUACAAGGGCAACCAAGAUGCUGACAGCCACUGCAAUGCCAACAGUGGCCACAUCUGUACAAUCACCUUCCAGGUACCUAGGGGGGUUUGGAUCCACUAAGCUGGUUAUAAUCGAAAGACUGCUGCUACUGGCUGAACGCUACGUCAUCACUAUAGAGGAUAUGUACUCAGUUCCUCGCACUAUUCUACCUCAUGGGGCCUCGUUCAACGGACACCCUGUCACUCUUCACAUCACCUAUGAGUCAACCAAAGACACUUUCACCUUGGAGACCCACAGUAAUGAGACAAUAGGAAGUAUCCGGUGGAAGAUUUCUGAACACUUGAGCUGUCCAGUGGAUAAUGUCCAGAUCUUUGCCAAUGACAGUGUGUUGACCAUGAAUCGGGACCAGAAGCUGCUGUCCCAGCUUGGCUUCAGUGAUGAGCAGACCCUGACUGUGAAGAGCUCAGGCACUGGAACUCCCUCUGGCAGCUCAGAGUCCUCCGCCUCUGCCUCCAGCAGUUCCAGCUCUGCUGUAUUCAACUCUGCCUACGCCUUGGAGCAGGAGAAAUCACUGCCAGGUGUAGUGAUGGCGCUGGUGUGUAAUGUGUUCGAGAUGCUUUACCAGCUGGCUAACCUGGAUGAAUCCAGGAUCACUCUACGUGUGAGGAAGCUUUUACUGCUCAUCCCAACAGAUCCAGAAGUGCAGGAUGCCCUUGAUAACUUUGUUCCCAAAGAAUCCAGUGUCUGGAGUCACCAGAAAACGUUGUUCACCCUUGGUCAGGGUUCAGGUUCUCGUUCUCCAUCUAUGGCCUCUAAGCAGCAGCACCAACCGAGUGCUGCAUCCAUUUUAGAGUCCCUGUUCAGAUCCUCGGCUCCAGGCAUGUCCACCUUCAGAGUGCUGUACAAUCUGGAGGUGUUGAGUUCAAAGCUCAUGCCCACAUCUGAUGAUGAAAUGGCCAAAACAAGCAGCAAGUCCUUCUGUGAGAACUUCCUGAAAGCAGGGGGCCUCAGUCUGGUGGUGAACGUCAUGCAGAGAGAUUCCAUUCCAUCAGAGGUGGACUAUGAGACCAGACAGGGGGUCUACUCAAUCUGUCUUCAGUUGGCCAGGUUUCUGCUGGUUGGCCAGAGCAUGCCUUCAGUUCUGGAUGAUGACGUCAUAAGGGACGGCGAGGCGCUGUCUUCCCGUCCUUUCCGAAAUGCAGGACGCGCUGGGCGACAGCUGUCACUAUGUGGAACUCCAGAGAAGUCCUCAUACAGACAGAUGUCUCUGUCUGAGCGCUCCUCCAUAAGAGUUGAGGAGAUCAUACCUGCUGCUCGUGUAGCUAUACAGACUAUGGAGGUGGGGGACUUCACUUCCACUGUGGCCUGCUUCAUGCGCCUGACCUGGGCAGCUGCAGCUGGGCGGUUAGACCUGGUAGGCAGUCCACAGCCAAUCAGAGAGACCCACAGCUCACUUCUGCCACAGGGAGUCCGCACCAGAGUCAGCAGUACUGGGAGUAACUGCAGCUCCAGCAGUGAGGGUGAAACCACACCUACGGCGUUGCAUGCUGGGAUAUGUGUCAGACAGCAGAGUGUCUCAAUCAAAGAUGCCAUCAUUGCCCGUGAGGCCUUGUCACUGCUGGUUACUUGCCUGCAGUUACGCUGUCAGCAACUGUGUUCUUUUUACAACCUUCCCUCUGUCAACGAUUUUAUCAUUGAUGUUCUGCUGGGAUCCCCCAGUGGGGAGAUCCGUCGUGUGGCCUGUGAUCAGCUGUACACUCUGAGCCAGUCUGACACCUCAGCCUUCCCUGACAUCCAGAAACCAAAUUUGUUCCUCCUUUCAGUUGUUCUGACUGCACAGCUCCCGUUAUGGAGUCCCACAUCUGUCAUGAGAGGAGUCAACCAGAGAUUGCUGUCUCAGUGCACUGAGUACUUUGACUUAAGAUGCCAGCUUCUGGAUGACCUCACCACUUCAGAAAUGGAGGUGUUAAAAGUGAGCGCAGCCACCAUGCUAGAGGAUGAGAUCUCUUGGCUUGACAACUUUGAACCCAGCUGGAGCUCUGAGAUGGAGACCAGCGAGGCGGACAACAUCCUCCUGGCAGGACACCUCCGCCUUAUAAAGACGCUGCUUUCCCUGUGUGGCAAUGAGAAGGAGCACCUUGGCCCAUCAUUGAUCCAGCAGUUGUUGGAUGACUUCCUUUUUCGAGCUUCACGCAUCAUCAUCAACAGCUCCAACCCCACUCCUUCGCCAACUCCCCGGCACGACUUUCACCCAAAGUGCAGCACAGCCAGCAGCAGGCUCGCAGCGUAUGAGGUGCUGGUGAUGCUCGCAGACAGCUCUCUCUCAAACCUCCGACUCAUCACCAAAGAGUUACUGUCCAUGCAUCACCAGUCUGACCCUUCCCUCUGCAAGGAGUUUGAUUAUCUUCCUCCAGUAGAGAGCCGGUCAGUCUCAGGUUUCGUUGGUUUGAAGAACGGUGGAGCUACGUGUUACAUGAAUGCUGUGUUCCAGCAGCUGUACAUGCAGCCUGGCCUUCCAGAGGCUUUUCUGUCCAUUGAGGAUGAUACUGACCAACCAGAAGAGAGUGUCUUCUACCAGGUCCAAUCACUGUUUGGACACUUAAUGGAGAGCAAACUGCAGUACUAUGUGCCUGAGAACUUCUGGAAGAUAUUCAAGAUGUGGAAUAAAGAGUUAUAUGUACGAGAGCAGCAAGAUGCAUAUGAGUUUUUCACCAGCCUGGUGGACCAGCUUGACGAACAUCUCAAGAAAAUGGGACGAGAACAGAUCUUCAAAAACACAUUUCAGGGAAUCUUCUCAGACCAGAAGAUUUGUAAAGACUGUCCUCAUCGUUAUGAGCGUGAAGAAACAUUUAUGGCAUUGAACCUCGGAGUAACAUCUUGUCAAAGUCUGGAGAUCUCAUUAGACCAGUUUGUCAGAGGAGAGGUACUAGAGGGCAGCAAUGCCUACUACUGUGAGAAAUGCAAAGAGAAGAGAACCACAGUAAAGAGGACAUGUAUCAAAUCCCUUCCCAGUGUCCUCUGUAUUCACCUCAUGCGCUUUGGCUUCGACUGGGAAAGUGGACGCUCCAUCAAAUAUGAUGAACAGAUAAGGUUCCCCUGGGUGCUGAACAUGGAACCGUACACUGUGUCUGGAAUGGCUCGUCAAGACUGCAGUGGAGAUGGAGGCGAAGGGCGAGGCGACGGGACCUCAGGGGGCUCACCCCGGAAGAAAGUCACCAUUUCUGAGAACUAUGAACUUGUGGGUGUUGUUGUUCACAGUGGUCAAGCACACGCUGGCCACUACUACUCCUUCAUUAAAGACAGACGUGGCAGUGCCCGUGGACGCUGGUACAAGUUCAAUGACAAUGUGGUGGAGGAAUUUGAUAUGAACGAUGAAACUUUGGAAUAUGAAUGCUUUGGCGGAGAGUACCGACCCAAAGUUUAUGAUCAAUCCAACCCAUACCCUGACGUGCGCAGGAGGUAUUGGAACGCCUACAUGUUGUUCUAUCAGAAGAUCAGUGACCAGAACUCACCUGUCCUGCCUAAGAAAAGCAGAGUCAGCAUCAUGAGGCAGGAAGCUGAGGACCUCACACUGUCUGCCCCGUCCUCUCCUGAUGUUUCACCACAGUCCUCCCCUCGCCCCCCUAGAGCCAACAAUGACCGCCUCACCCUCCUCACGCGCUUAGUCCGAAAGGGAGAGAAGAAGGGCCUGUUUGUAGAGAAGAUGCCUGCCAGCAUCUAUCAGAUGGUGAGAGAUGAGAAUCUGAAGUUCAUGAGGAACAGAGAUGUCUACAACAGCGACUACUUCAACUUCACCCUCUCUCUGGCCUCCGUCAAUGCAACAAAGCUGAAGCACCCAGACUACCAGGCCAUGGCCAAAGAGAGUCUCCAGCUGGCUGUUCAUUUUCUCUUCCACACCUACUUACACACAAAAAAGAAACUCCGUGUGGACACAGAGGAGUGGAUGGCCACAGUGGAGGUGUUACUGUCUAAGAGCAGUGAGGCCUGUCAGUGGAUGGUUCAGUAUCUUGUUGGACCAGAGGGAAGAGAGAUCACCAGAGUUUGCCUGUUGGAGUGCAGCGUGAGGGAAGUGAGAGUUGUCGUCGCAUCCAUCCUUGAAAAGACUCUGGAGAGUGCACUUCACUUUGCAGACCCUGGGUUGGACAACCUGACUGACGCCCUGCUCUCAUUGUUGGACAAAGAUGUUCCAGAGAAUGUGAAAAACUGUGCACAGUAUUUCAAUCUCUUCAGUAACUUUGCUCAAAGGGGUUGUGGUCCUUGUCAGUUGUUGCUGAAACACUCUGCCUAUCGCCGGAUGCUCAUCUUCCUUUUAGGACCCAACAGGCAGAACAACCAGAACCGGCGGUGGAGUCCAGCCCAGGCUCGAGAGUUUCUUCACCUUCACAGCACUCUGGCUCUCAUCACUCUGCACACUGAGCUCAGCUCCCAACGGACACAAGCUCAAGGAGUGUUUAAGCUGCGUGUGAACUGCGCCCCAACGUCCACCCCACUGCUCCCACUCCAUGGUGACAUCCUGGCCUCACUCUUCACUCCAGAGGGCCAGCCUUAUCUACUAGAGGUGAUGUUUGCCAUGCGGGAGUUGUCCGGCCCGCUGUCUCUCCUCAUAGAGAUGGUGACGUACAUCUCGUUCUGUAAUGAGCCAUUCUCACUGGGGGUGCUGCAGUUGCUCAAAACUCAGCUGGAAACAGCUCCACCACAUGAACUGAAGAACAUUUUUCAGAUGCUGCAGGAGCUACUUGUUGUGGAAGACCCUCUGCAAUCCCAGAGACUCAAGUAUGCUUUUGAGUCAGAGAAAGGCCUCUUGGCUUUGAUGCAUCAGAGUAACAAUGUGGACAGCAGACGCUGCUACCAGUGUGUGAAGUUCCUGGUCACAUUAGCCCAAAAGUGUCCUCAAGCCAAGGACUACUUUAAGGACUUGUCUGGCCACUGGAGUUGGGCAGUGCAGUGGCUACAGAAAAAGAUGACAGAGCAUUACUGGACUCCUCAGAGCAACGUCUCUAAUGAAACGUCCACCAACAAAACCUUCCAGCGCACCAUCUCUGCACAGGACACAUUGGCUUAUGCUACAGCGUUGUUAAAUGAGAAGGAGCAGUCCGGCAGCAGUAACGGCUCUGAUGGAAGUCCAGCAAAUGAAAAUGCAGACCGCAGCCUCCGACAGGGAUCAGAAUCUCCCAUGAUGCUCGGUGAUUCAAAGAGCGAUCUCGAAGAUGUAGAUCCCUAGUUCCUCCGACCAGCAGGAUCCCUCCAACGGAGAGGCGCUCAGCUCCAGCAGCCUCUCAGAAUCAGGCUGCACUUUGGCUUCUGGUUGGUCAGGACAUUUUGGACUCCACUACAAGCCAGUCAGAACACUCACUCUCUGGGUCGCUAUGGCAACAAAGGAGCUAUGAAUAAAUCAUAAAUUACUUCCUUUCAGACCAGCCAAGGCGAUGAUGGAGAUGCAUUAUCAUUAAGGGCAGCAGAGUUGAUUAUGGGGAAGUGCAAACCUUCCACAAUCACGGAUGACUUCAGUUUAUCCUUUUAUUCAUUCAUUCACUCAGAAUGACAGCAAGGUGGAGGAUGGGUUUGGGUUGUGUUUUAACAAUUUUCUGCUCAUAAUUGCCAAUAUAUCUACAUAGACAUAUUCAAAUUGUAAAGAUUUGUUCCAUAGAUGUAAUUUCCAAUGUAAGAUAUAUUUUAAAGUCUCCUGUGCUCUUCUCCACAGCCAUGCAAUUGUUAGAGGUCAUGUUAGCUGCUCAAGAGGAACUUGACCUGCAGACACUCGUGCACUUGUACAGGAACACCUCCACACAUGAGCACUUGGGAGGGGAGGGGUUACGUAUGCACUUUAUAGUCCAGCCCAGUCUAUUGUGACGUACAGCAGCACUGGUCAGUUCCUCUAGAGCUUCCUCUUACAUCGUGUCCUCUUCUUUUUUUUGUUUUGUUUUGUUUUUUGUUUUUAACACUUGUGUUUUCAGUGCCACUUAUGCAGACACAUUGAUGCCCUGAUAGCAAGCCACUCUGCCUGUGACUUAACCUUUGACCCUGGAGACUGAAGUGUAGCCAGGGAUGCAGUAAAUGACAGGCGUCCUAGACACAGGACAGAUCCAGGCCCUCAGCAAAUCUGAAACAUGCAGUGCCAUCGUCAGCACUCUACUCCCUACUUCUCACUGACAGGCAGCCUUUUUGCGCUGGUUUUUAGUAGGUUUUUUUUUCAGUGCUGUGUUUUAUUUUCUUUGCCAUUCUCUUUUGUCUCUGGACAGGUUGAAUUUUCAGAGGGUGUUUAGGGACUCAAGCCUUAUGCAAGAAAAGCUGAUCUCUCAAAGUGCACAGAUCAGUUGUGGUGGGCCAUCAGUGCCGACUGAGGGUGAGCUCAGGAGCAUGUUUUAAUUUUAGGUGCCAAGGUUACACACAAAGAAUCACACUGCAGAACUCAUGCAAAACAUGCAAGCAUGUAAACUCGUGUUACUUGUCACUUCACUCACAACAACAAACAGCAGGUCCUCUUCGCCUCACUGUUACCUCUGCUUUAUCAGGUUUGAGUUUUGUUUUUUUUUUGCUUUGCCUUUUUCGCUUUCAUCUACCUUUGGAAACACACACACAGAGGAGCUGAGCCCAAAUGUAGCCACUCAAGAACAACCAUCGUCCCCCAUUACCCCAAUCAUCGGGAGUCUUGAAGUGCCUUAACCUCCCGAUCUCUCCCUGUGUGUCAUCACAUCAGGAUGCGUUCUUCUCCAUGACAUCGAACCAGUGUCCAAUGUGGUCGAAUAUUCUCACUGUAAGAGCGAGACAGGGCUUCUUCAUCGCCAUUAGACCUAAAAUAAUACAGGGAAUUUCCUCUGUGUGUUGUGACAAAGGAAUUGGAAUGUAAUGUUGUGAAUUCAGUGUGUAUGAGGGAGGGGAGGGUGUAGGUUUUACCCUUUUAAAACAGGGUUUAGGUGACAGGACAGGGUUUUGGUGAUGGUACAAUGCUGCUUCUUUUCACUCUGUACUCAAACAGAGACACUCUGUAGAUACUGAUUUAAUACUAGAUAGUUUUAAAGAAGCCACACCUUCACUCCGACGUUCUGAAGACAUGAGCCUAAACUAGUUUAGCAGAUUAGCUAUCAGCUUUAACAGGUCAAUGUUUACAGUGUGAGGACCUAUUAAGCAAUCAUGCGUAAUUAUGGUUUUCCGUCGGAGUCGUCAUGUGAUCAAUCCACUGACGCUCCUCUGCAUCCUUGCUGUGAGUUUUCAGAGCAUGAGGAGAGGGAAGACACUGUUUUCACCCUUCCAUACCCCCCCCCCCCCCCCCCCCCGCUCAUUUUCUUCUUUCUCACUAGAUGUGAAUGUCACUUUUGUGCCCUCUGACACGUUUGCAUGUGCGGCAGUAAGUGGUGGUGGUAAAUGUGUCUUUUCUGUGUGACGAGAGAAAAACGGCCCCUCUGUUUGCUGUGUAAUUUUGUCAUUAGCACUUACUGUCUCCACACACGCCCCUUCUCUGUGGCUGGUUACGUGCUAUCUGAUGGAGCUGCAUGCAGUCUGUGCCAAGUGAUACACGGCCAUGGCAACAUGAGAUGCAUUCAGCCAAAAGCCUCUCGUAGGUUUGCCCUUCCGCUCCAUCACCACAACGACUCAUGAAAAGGAAAACUAUCUUCAAAACAAUCUUUUCUUUUAAUCCUGGGAUGCAGGGAGGGAUGGGUAGGCGCAAGGGGAAGGAUUGGCAUCGAUACGGGUUUUUACUGUCAUUUUGAAAUUCACUUCUGCCAUCGCAGGAUUCUGUAAUGCAUGUUAAAACUCAGUUUUAAUUUGUACAUCCAAGUUUGAUUAAGGGGAAAUUUGUUAUAAAAUAAACUGGAAUGCACAACCUGUUGUUUACUUGUAGUUAUACUUUAUACUACUGCUCUAUUACAUUCAUAUUGUCAUAUCUUGUCUUCUGCGUCCAGACUCUGACGCUACGAAUUGUAGCAAGACUUUACUUCACAGUUUGUGAAUUAUGUGAUACUAGCAGGGGGCUAGUUUAAUAAAAAAGAUAAGUAAAGUGAUGAUAUGUAAUGCACUAUAAUUACCUAAUAGUGAAUUGGUCAGUUCGUAUAUCUGGAUAACAUUAGACUAAUAUUAAAUGAUAGCUUUACAAAAUAACAGGUAAUACAGAAC